AAAGAAUAUUUCUCGCUUCAGGGUAUUUCAGUGUUUUUAGUCUAAGAAGUGUAACUAAGGAGAUUUUUGUAAUCUUGAUUCUGACAUCCAUUUCUCGGUUUUUUUUUAACAUUUCGUUUUAGUUUUAUACACAAAAUUGCCCCCUUCACAAUGAAAAUAAUAAAUGCAUCAAAAGUCAAUAAGCUGAACUCACAGAUAACCUGCACUUCCUACUACGAUUUUCUCACCCAGAAGCGUCAGUGCCUAAAGGCGUUGAAUUGCGAUCCUCCUAGAAAAACCGAGAUAGGCGACCAAUUCGGCUCGGCCAUGGAGAGUGCGAAGUACUACGAAGUGGAUGACAAAGCGGCUGAGUGGUAUCUGGGCACACGGGCAUCAUCAGUCAAAAAGUGCUCCUCUACCUCGCAGGUUCCCAUACGGCAACGGAAUCUCAUGGCGACCUCUCACUCUGUUCCGGGACAACGUGUAUCCCCGGAGUUCUUGGGCCUACUCCAGCAACACCAUGCCAGGAUGGGGGAGCAUCUGCUGCAUAACUGCAGGCGCCCCAGGAUUAACUCCUCCUACUACAAAUACAAUGCAAAGGGCAAGAGGCGUCACAUGCGUCCGGGCAUCGAUACCGCCGCCCCCCUGGAGUUCCCCUACCAUAUGGAAAAGGAUGGCCUGGAGUAUCGCAAGCGCCUCUUGCGGGGACAAGAGAUAGUGAUUGGUCCACCUGCACCUUUGAGAUCGGAAGAGAAACCAAACUCCCACGGUCGUUAUCCCUUUUCACCCAGAACCAAGCGUAAUAAGAAGCGGCACGCCAUGAAGAAAUGUAAUCAGAAUAAUAAUAUUAAUGCAAAAGCCCUAAAGUUCUUAAAAGUGGAUAACCUGGAGUUCCCCUCUACCACAGAAGAAGAUAGAGACUGUAGUUGCAACACCUACCAGAAGAAGAGAAGCCCGAAGGACUUAAAUAAUAACGAUAAUUUGCAGGAAAGUAUGGAAACGAAAACUGAUAAUCAUCGAUUGCAUACCUGCAAUCCUUCCGUUUUGAAACCGCCACAUACAUCCAGUCCUUCCGUUCCUAAACCGCCACACUUGAAUGAAACUUCCCAGCUGAUAAAUUCCACAGACCAGUCGACAAUGUGUACUUGCCCUUCUGGUAAAGAGGCAAUCCCGACGAUUCCAACCGAUAAACCAAAAAAAAACCUCCUCAUUAAAUACGUCAACACUGCGUUCUUCAAGGCCAUGCAAGGUUGGCGGGGAGCAUUUCCACGGAAUGACAGUUCUAGACAUAGCAGAUACAGUCAGACCCCCAGUGAUGGUAACAAUAAGAUGGAGAAGUUCCCCACCUGCAGAAAGAUCGCGUUAGAGAGUUCUGGCUGUAAGAAGCACUCGGUGGAAGGGAUUCUUAGCAAAAGACCUUGUUCCAAGGAACCCGCAUUCAAUUCGGACUUUUGUCAAAAGAAGAAGGUUCGCAUUGCGAUUUCUAAGUGUUCGACAAGCGUUCCGGAUCAAAAAGGGUCAAGAUUGGCUAAAAGAGAUGACAACAUACCGAAAAUAAGAGGCCAUUGUCCGGAUAAUAGUGUAAAACCUUUGCCCUGCAAAGUAUCCCCAUGCACCCGGAGCGUUGCUCAACCCAGUUGUGACCACCAUUUAGAGACCAACCAAUCGAGGAAGGUAAGUCCUGACAACACUCGCAUUUGCUGGAAAAUUCUAAAUGCUUGUCCACGUUCUGAAGCGAAGCCACGGGUAACUCGAACCGAAUAUAAGCAUUCUGGCAUUUGUAAAAAGAAUAAGAUACGAAUUUCGGUUUGUAAGUUUCCGGCCGAAAGAAAGCAGACAAAAACCAACCCAUGCGGGUCCAAAAAGAAACCGGGGAUAAAAGAACCAGGACAAAAGAAAGAGUCGAGAUUGUCGGAAAAAGAGGACGAAAGACUUAGAUUUCUCUGUCCCCAUUUAAAGACCAAAAGACCAGUCAACCCUCCUUAUUGCAGAAAAGUGGAGAAGCCACGACAUGGAUAUCAUAACUGUAAUAAACAACGGAUCCCAGUUAAGCCUUCGGCCAGAAAAUGUGGAACAUGCUGUCCUAGAUAUUCCACAGAAAGUGAGGGCAGCCCGAAAGUCCAUCGAAGUGGAGAGCGGUGGCUAUGUAAACCUAUUCCUAUCCGAUGUGAUCCAAAGACGAAAAAAUGCUUCCACAUACCGCACUCCUCUGGGAACGAAAUAACGGACUUCAGAAGAUGGCUAUGCCCAAAGUCAAAUUCAGGAAGGAGGAAGAUUUAUACUAAAACCAGGAGAACCCCACGCAAAGGGUGUCGGGCUAUAAGGAAAUGUCACCACAGUGACACCUGUUCGAGUUGUGAGCAGUGCCCAGGCAAAGUGCGUCAGCAGUGCUCUGUGAAAUUCCAGCGAACGGUAUGGCCAACUAAACCUAUUCCUAUCCGAUGUGAUCCAAAGACGAAAAAAUGUUUCCACGUAUCGCACUCAUCCGGGAACGAAAAAACAGACUUGAUAAGAUGGAUAUAUCCAAUGCCAAAUUCAGAAAGAAGAAAGAUUUAUACAAAAACCAGGAGAACCCCACGCAAGUGUUGUCGGGCCACAGGGAAAUGUCACCAAAGUGACACCAGUUUGAGUUGUGAGCAGUGUCCAGAUAAAGUGCGACAGCAGUGCGCCUGUUGCGCCCAGCGCGAGCAAGGGAAACGCCACAGGGCUAAGUGUUGCUGGGAAAGAGACGAGUCGUCCGGUAUUCCAAAAAAAUGCAAUCGCUUUCAGGAAGUGCAGUCUCCUUCAGCGUUGCGAGGACAUAAAAACUACCAGCAAUGUUGUCCUCAUAGAAAGCGUUGGCAUUGUAAACCAACAUGCCAAGAAAACGGCGAAGAAUUUUUCCCUUGGUCCUGUGAGCAAAGUAGCUGUGCCCCCACCGAUUGCAGACAGCUUAAGAGGUACUGUGGGUCGAAAAGAAUGCGGGGAGGAUUCGAUUUUGGAGAGGAAGACGACUUCAGUCCAGGACAAAAUCGAGACUUCCCGCACAGCUUUUCAACAAGCCCGUCCUCUGAUUCGGACAAUUAUCACCAAGUGAAAUAUACAAAGCCUCGGAAGUGGUCCAUGCACGCCUUUUCUUUUCAUUAGAGGAGUUCCUGGACAUAGAGAC